CCAACCGCGGAGUCAAAGACCCAAACAAUUCUCAUUGCUACGAAUAGCCGGUGACUGAGAGCACCCACCAUCUCAGAUUCCCCCACGGUAACUUUUUAGUUACAGUAAUAGUGUCAGUGUCGGUGUCGGGUACGCAAGCGGCAGCGCAUCCUCGGCCCUUUUCUUACCAAGGCAAUCAAUAUUACUCUCCUUGACCCUGACCUUCUCUCCUCUCCUCUCUUUCUUGACUCGUCUACGUUACCAUCUCUCUCUGCCUAUAUCCUCCUAGAGAGACUCCUCACGAGCAGUAGGAUUCGAAAUCAAAAUACACCAGCCCUCAUUUAAUAUCCAGUGCUUCUACCAAAAUGCCUGCGUCACAAGAAAUCCCUCCCAUCGUCGUGCCCUUUGUCUCGGAGAGGGCUAAACAGCUCCUGGAUAAGGUCGAGAAAUUCGUCGAAGAAGAAGCCAUCCCCGCAGAAGCCGUCUACGCUGCCCAAAUCGGCACCGGUGAAGCAAGAUGGAAGGGCCACCCCAGCAUCAUGGAUGAGCUCAAGCGCAAGGCUCGCAGCCAGGGCAUCUGGAACAUGUUCUUGCCCAAGAACCAUUUCAAAGAUGGCCCUCAAUUCACAAACGUGGAAUACGGUUUGAUGGCAGAACAGUUGGGCAAGAGCACAAUUGCUAGCGAGGCAUGCAAUUGCGCCGCCCCGGACACAGGAAACAUGGAAGUUAUUGCGCGAUAUGGCAAUGCCGCACAGAAAGAGAAAUGGCUCAAGCCAUUGAUGAAUGGAGAAAUCCGAUCUGGUUUCCUCAUGACCGAGCCCGACAUUGCCAGCAGUGACGGCUCCAACAUCCAACUCCGAAUUGAACGCAAGGGAGACCACUACCUCCUGAACGGAAGCAAAUGGUGGUCAUCCGGUGCUGGUGACGAUCGAUGCAAGAUCUUCAUCGUCAUGGGAAAGACCGACCCCAACAACCCAGACCCAUACAAGAGACAGAGCAUGUUGUUGGUUCCUGCUGAUGUCAAGGGUCUCAUCGUCCACCGCAUGUUGAGCGUGUAUGGUUACGAUGACGCUCCUCACGGCCACGGCCAUAUUACUUUUGAUAACGUCAAGGUUCCCCUGGAUGCCAUGAUUCUCGGUGAAGGACGAGGCAACGAGAUCAUGCAGGGAAGAUUGGGCCCUGGCCGCAUCCACCACGCCAUGAGAGCCAUCGGAGCCAGUGAACGAGCAUUGGAGUGGAUGAUCAACCGAUUGAACGACGAGCGCAAAGUCCCCUUUGGCAAACCCCUCCGAGAACACGGUGUCUUGCUCGAAUGGGUGGCUAAAGCUCGAAUUGAAAUCGAUGCCGCCCGACUCAUCGUCCUCAACGCCGCCAUCAAGACCGAUCAAAAGGAUGCCAAGUUCGCUCUCAAGGAGAUCGCCCAGGCCAAAGUCAAGACUCCCCAGGUGGCUUUGGAAGUCAUCGACCGAGCCAUCCAAGUCCACGGUGCAAUGGGUGUUUGUCAAGAUACCCCUCUGGCCAGCAUGUGGGCUCAUCUCCGUACCCUGAGAAUUGCUGAUGGUCCAGAUGAGGCCCAUCUUCAGCAAUUGGGCAAGAGAGAGAAUAAGACGAGGAAGGAUGAUAUCAUUGCUCGAAUCGCGAAGCAGCAAGAACGUAGCGCUCAGCUCUUCAGGACUCUGGGUGUCGAACGAAACGAGCUUGGUGCGGCCAAGUUCAAGGCCAAGUUGUAAGCCGGGUAUCUCAGACCAAAGAAAAGGUCUCUGGGUGAGAUGUAGUAAAUUUUUGAGUAAAUUUGGGCACACUUCUCAUGUUCAUCUUGAUGAAAUCAUAGACCGAUACAUGUGCCUCGUUUG